AUGUCAAAUAACCGAAUACCUUAUGUUCAAAACCUAGUUGUCCUUCAGAACAAGGCUAAAGCUGCUAUGGCAGGAAGAUGGGAUCCCAAUGCUAAGAACACUGCAAAGAAAUAUAAUUCCAUUGAUGACGUUGAAUCAUUUUUUAAGAAAAAUUCUAUAACACGUAUUAAGGCUGUUGUUGAAUCUGUUAUUGACAGAACCACAAUGAAGCGGUUGUUGUUGUAUGAAAGAAACAUGAUCCUUUUUUACCUUUCCCUAAUCCGGUGUCCACCAGAAGAUUCAGAUUUGGGAGAUGAAGCAAAGUUCUUUGUUGAAGUUCGUUUACUGCAAAAGGACGUUGAGGUUACUUUGGAAGGAGUAUUAGGAAAAUAG